UCUAAAAUAAACAUCUUUUAUAACAGUCGUAAAGAAUUCAGACGAAACUGUGUUUCAUUUAAAGCUUAUGUUAUUUCACUACUAUACAAGACAAAUAUAUCGACAUACUACGGCUGAAUAAUUGAUUUUUUAUUACAAAUCAUGGAUGAAUUUUCUGAUGUGGAUAUAGUUUGGAACAUAGACGUCAUCGAUGACUCCUUAGUUGGUCGUCUAGCUGACAAAGAUGAUCCGAAGGAGGAUAUCGACCAACAACACGAACACCUACGGUUCGAAAGAUCAAUUUCAGAAGCGGAAAUCCUACGCAAGGAACAAACCAACUCAAGAAACAGUAAAAAGAAAAAGAAGAACAAAGGAGUCGAGAAGGAUAUGACGAACAGCAUGAAGUUUCAAAACAAUCCUGUGUUGUUCCCAGAAAUCGAAUUGGCCAAUUCUAAAAUGGUGCAGUGUGGAGUGAGUGGUUUCACUGAUGGGUACUGGGUGAACUCCAGUCAAAACACAAACAUAGACACUGGAAUCACCGAUUCUGUUAUAGAUUUUGAAGCCAUAAAUUUGAAUCUAAAUUCUACAGAUGAGCAUGUUUCUAAGAAGGACGCCCACAAAUCGGAUAUUUCCGAGAAAGAGAAACACAACACGGAAAAAGCCGAAGAGAAGAAAAAAUCGAGACGUAAAUCACGCAGCAAAUCGGAUGAAGACGGGAAAAGGCGCAGAAGAAGAAGUAAAAGUAAACGUAACGGAAGUAAAAGUCCGCCCGUACCGAGGAGGAUAGCCUGCCACUGCAAACACGAGUUUCCGGUCAGGAUCGAAUACAAAAACCAGUCAACUUUGACCGACGAUUACGGAGAGCAGCAGAGAAAGGGAUGGAUUGAGGAGAAAAUAAACAUUGACACAUUAGAGGAACUUAAAAAGGCAUUUGCAUCUGCUGAUGUUAAUAGAACUGGAAGUCUUGAGCUUGAGGAGUUUAAGAAACUACUUAAAGACCAACUUCACUUGGGACCAAGCAAGGAUGCACAGAUAGACUCUUUAUUUAUGAAAAUAGACUGGUCUUCUGAAGGAACUAUCACCUGGGAUGAAUUCUGCACCUACAUGCAGCUUGAAUAUGCAGAGAAAGAAGAUUCAUAUCUCCGAGCAAAAGAGGUGGCGUUCCUCCUGCCUGCUAAGGUGGAGAGCAUCCCACACAGGGAUCCAAUUUUACGCAUUACAGAUACCUCUGAUGGGACUUUCAUAGCCUGUAGCCAAGAGGGCACUGUGACAUUUUGGUCACAUAAUACAGAGCUUAAAAGAACAAGAAGUGUUGUGAAUCAAGAGAUCAUGAGUAACAGAACCAAAUCAAAAUGGAUUACUGACUUCUGCUUGAUGCCACACUUCAAUAAAUUGAUUGUUGGAACUGGAGACAGAGAAAUACAAUUUUUUGAGUUGUCAUCUUUUGAUCCCUACUGCCAAAUAAUUGGUUUGGAAACUGUACCUCUAAAACUAGAUUAUAGUUCCACUGGGCAUGAUGAAUGUAUAAUCCUGUUUGGUGACAACAUGGGCUGUGUCAAUAUUUUUGUUAUAAAAUCAGCUGGGGAAUGUCUAAGGACAUGGACAAAGAUGACUAAACCAGAUGGCUUUAUUGCCACAAUUUUAUUGGAUGCUGUUGUCAAUGGUAACAAUGUAAACUUCAUUAGAUGGCAAGUCCAUGAUGAUUGGGUUGGGCAGCUAAAAUAUUAUCAUGAAAUAGGACAAGUCAUAUCCUGCUGCAAUAAUUCAAACACAGCUCUGGUUAUUGGUUCAACAAUUGGCAGCACACAUGUAGAGCAACAGCUAAAAGAGAUAAAAGAUUUGACCACAACACAGGAAAAAAGUAAACAAAAAUACUCCUACAACAUACCCAAAAGGAGACUUGAUGCAGACGAGGCUGUCUUCAAGGUUUACAAAGGGGUGAAAGUGUUUGAUUUCUCAAAAGAAAAGAAUAUCAUUGUCACUGGAGGCAUGGACAGAAUUAUAAGACUAUGGAACCCAUAUGUGUGUCUGAAACCUACUGCUAUGUUAAGAGGUCAUGCUGCUCCUAUAUUUUAUUUGUUUAUUGCUGAGGAAGAUAACAGAAUCUUCAGUAUAUCUACCGACAGAUGCAUUAAGGUUUGGGAUAUACAAGACCACACAUGCUUGCUGACCAUUCGACCAAAGAGUCACAAAAUUCGAGGUGAUCUCCAAGCCAUCCACUAUUCCUGUGUGUCCAGAUCUCUGGCAGUAGCCACAGACCAGAUGGCCAUACUAAACCUGAGACACAAAUCAACACUGAAUGCUGAUAUGAUAGUAACUCAUAAAGAUCCGGUGACUUGCUGCAAAUACAAUCCAGAGUUUAAACAAAUUGUGACCUGUUGCAGUGGCUCAAUAAUCAAACUGUGGGAUUUUGAAACCGGCUCACCUAUCUUUGAGUAUGGAGAAGCCCACGGAGAAGAUGCUAUCACUUGUAUGACCUUUGACAAUACCAGAAGAAGGCUUGUAACAGGAGGGAGAGAUGGUAUGCUCAGAAUUUGGAAUUAUAAUAACGGACAUUGCCUUAGAGUGCUGAAAAAGAAACCUAAGAAAAAUGCAGAAAUGCACAGUGAUGAGAUAUGUGAUGUAACUUAUAUUGAAAUGAACAAAAACAGAUAUGUUAUAGCUGUUGGCUGGGAUAAAAGGGUCAACAUUUACUAUGAUUCCUACAAUGAUAACAAUAUUCAUCACACCCAGCACCCAACACCCUACUGGCAUGAUGACCUGAGAAAUGGCCAUAAGGAAGAUAUACUCUCAGUGGCUCAGUGUUUACCCAAUCUCCUAGCAACAGGGAGCUAUGAUGGAGAGGUCAUUGUCUGGAACAUGGUGUCUGGCCAUAUAUUUUGUCACCUGAAUCCACCCCCACCACCUGGUUAUCAGGACCAACACUUGGAUGGAGACCUGAGUAUAUCAAAGCUGAUGUUCCUUCAGACCAGAGCCUACAAGAAGGACGCUGGAGCGUUGGUGGUGAGUGGACCACGUGCUCAUAUUCAUGUGUGGAAUGUGUUUCAAGGAGGCACAUUGAUGGCACAGUUUGAAGGGUCGCACAUCAAGGGUGGGAUGGUAUCCCAGCUGUUGAGUAACAGCAACAACACAUUACUCUACUCCAGUGAUACCUUUGGUUUCAUUUACGUGUGGAAUUUCGCGGACUACUGCCUGACACGCCCAGCAUCUGAACCACCUGAAAUUUUAUUCAAAUGGCGUGGUCAUGUUGAAAGCGUUGCCUGUAUGGACUUGGUAGAGUCUAGCAACAUUCUCAUCACAGCUUCCAGUGACUGCACUGUCAGGUUAUGGACUACUGAAGGACAUUAUGUUGGUACCCUUGGACAGCCAGAGCAGUGGGAUCUUCAUAACCCAGCCACAUUCCAGCAUCCAAUGGUGCCAUAUGAUGUGCUAGUGGAUCCACUGAGCCUUCCUUCUCAUCCAAUUCUGCUAGAGAAGCAGUCAACCCACGACAUCAUCCACCAGGGGGAAGAUGAAGACAAGAAUACCAGAAGUAUUUCGCCACAGGUGCCCUUUUCUACCAAACAGACUUACGUAGUGGAUGAUGAUAUGAUCAAAGCUAUGCUGCUUGAUAGACCCUUUGACAGAGGGACAGGAAAGAGGCUACGUCAAGAGAAGCAAAAAAGGGUUAAAGAAGAUACUGGUGGACCACACGUCUGGCAGAUGGUGAACUACUACAAACUAGCUGACGUGCCACACGUGAAGGCACCAACACUAACAGUCAACAAAGACAACCCGUUUGAUUUUUAUGAUAAAGACAUCGUCCCGUUAAAUCUUGCAUAGAAUAAUGAGAGACAUCAGACAGCAAUGUGCUUUAGAUACUUGAAGUAAAAAAGAAGCUAAAUAUAGUGUAAAGUAACUUUGUGGGCUUUAACUCGGAUUAUUGUUUCUUUAUAAAAUAAAUAAUUGUAAAAUGUAUCCUUUUUUUUUUAAAAAAAAAACGUUUUGCUUGUAAUGAAUUCUCCCUAGUUUGUGUUUUGUUUACCAUAUUUUUAAUCCUCAUACACUUAUCAAAUGUCCUGAGUUGUAUUUACAUAAACUUUUAUAUUAAAACAAAUGUUAAAAACAAAGUAUAUACAGGUAGUUACAAACACUGUUACAGUUAAAAAUAUUUUUGUAAUUAAAAAAAUCAAGUUGCUCAAGUUUACGUUACAAUACAUUACCAUAUGUUACACUACAGUACCAUACUUUAUACCACAGUACCAUACGUGUAUAAGAUAACAUUAAUGUUACACUUAAAUGUUUAUCUUUACCCUGUAUUUGAAUGUGAAAUUAAGAUAAGCCCAGACACAUGUAUGGCUAUGAUAAUACAUUUUACGUUACACUUAAUGUUUGCCUUUACUCUGUUAUGUAUGUAGGCUAUGUAUGUGAAAUUAAGAUAAGCACAAACACUUUGUGUAAACAUAUAUGGCAAUGAUGAUAUAUUUUACAUUACACUUAAUAUUUGCUUUUACUCUGUUUAUCAUGUAUGUAUGUGAGAUUUUUAAGAAGUAUUACACUUUCUGUAAACAUGGUUAUGAUAAUCAUUUUAAAAAACUAUUUGCUUGAUUUAGUAAAUUGUGUGGAUUUUACAAUGGUUUGCCAUCUGCUUAACCUGUUAUACUUAACACACACAUGAAUAUGUUUGCCUUUAAAUCAAAUCACCUAAUAUUAACUACCACUAGAGUCGUUAUUUUUUUGUAAUAAUACUGCUGACAAAACGGAUAUAUUUUUAAAUGAGAGACAGUAGUUACUACACUCAUCUGUAUUAUUUAAUGUUUAUUUCUUUGAGGUCUUUAUUUGUUUUGUCAUAAUUGUCUGGAAACAUUUAACUUUUUUAUCAUGACUUACAAGAAAAGCAUUGUUAUUCUUUGAGCUAGAUUUUUGGCUAGAUACUGAUAUUUAUUUACCCAGCAGUGAGUUCUGUCUGCAUGUUUUAAACUGUGAUAUUUGUUAUAUAACACUGCGACAUUAAAUGGUUUAUU